AUGCGUAAGCUGAAGGAACGAUUGCCAAUGCCAAGACGUCCAGCUACUGACCUAAUGGACACGCUGAAUAAACAACAAGCCAAGGCCACUAUCAGAGACCGCCUUCUAAUUGCCAAGGACUCAACACCUUAUCAUAGAAUGGCCAUAACAGAAAAGAAACAAGAAUAUUAUGAACAAGUCAGAGACUAUGAACAAGUCAGAGACUAUGAACAAGUCAGAGACUUGAUAAGAUGCGAUCAGAGAUGA